CUUCCCUUAUCAGGUUACAGUCGCAGGGCUGGGACGGAAGCAACGCCUGGUUCUGCCUGAGACGCAGGAUUACAGCAGCCAGCACUCGCUGGCGAGUGCCUCAGACUCCAGGGAGAAUUAUCUGGCCAUUGCAGCAGCGAGGAUCGGAGCGACACCAUGCAGGAAGGAGAAGCUGAAGAGGAAAAGCCCGCCGGGACCAUGCAGCAGGUGACAUUCGAGGACAUUGCUGUUUAUUUCUCCCAGGAGGAGUGGGAGAUGCUGGAAGAAUGGCAGAAGAAGCUCUACCGGAAUGUGAUGAAGGAGCAUUAUGACAAUCUUAUUUCCCUGGGCUGUGUGGGCCCCAAACCUGACAUGUUAGCCCGGAUGGAACGCGGGGAAGAGCCUUGGGUCAUCGAUUGGCAGGAGGAAAGAGCCUUGCGUGAUGGCACAGGCCUGAGCCGAGCUGAGGAGCAGCAGCAGGCGAAAGAUCCCGAGAACCUGAAGCCACAAAAGACUUUACCGAGUAGGUCGGACGAGAGAGUUUUCCAAAGUGCAGACUCCGGCAGUUUCCUUCCUGCUCAGGACAAGUCCCUGAGGCUGCGGGGGAUCUCGGCAGGGAGUGAGCCUGAUCCCCCAAAGGAAUGUGAAAGGGAAGACAAGGAACCGCUGAGACUUCUGGUGCAGGAGAACCAGAUGAUGAGACCAAGCAUGUUCACGUGCCUCAUCUGUGAAUGCAGCUUCAUGGGACAGACGGGCCUCAGCAGGCACGAGCGCCGGACCCACAAGAUAAAGGAUCCAAACCGGUGUCCAGUGUGUGGGAAGUGCUUCCGGCUCCGGCAGGACCUGAGGAGGCACCAGAGGAUCCACACGGGGGAGAAGACC